AUGUCGAUGCGGAAGAGUUAUACAGGCUGCUGGACCUGUCGUUCCCGCCGGGUCAAGUGUGACGAGCAACGGCCUCGCUGCACUCGAUGCACGACCAAAAACAUUCCUUGCGAGGGUUACUCGACCCGCCUCCAAUGGGUGAGCGACGUCGAUCCUGAGCAUGCCCAGACACGUGCAGUCUCCUACCGCAAAAGGCCGCCACGACGUCGUCAUUUGACGUUCUCAAAGGUCGAGGUACUGGACGACGUCGCCUUGUCCCAGGCUCUUGCUGAUUUGGAGCGUGCAGCGCUGACUCAGGUUUCGAAGAAAUCUGGCCCCUUUUCUUUGCUCUCCUUCGCAGAAGAGGCAUCUGAGCAGCCUCAACAGCCAGCCAAACCCGGGCCAGAGGCAGAAAUAUUUCCAGAAGUCCACCAUCUUUCGUCAUCACCAGCCGUUUACAAUGCUGAUCAAGAUACUUUAUCGAGCGAUGCGGUGCAAUGCGAGGAUCUUGGAUGUCAAGUGCCAGAUAAUGCUGCUUUCCCAAGCAAGCAUACUGUUCAGUCAGCCGGCUCCCCCUGUUGCGACCAUUUCAGUGCGGAUGCGCAAACAUCUCUAGAUUCCGCACCGCAUCUCUUUGGUCUCGACCGAUCCACUACCCUGACCACACUGGACGAUGUCUUCCUGACCACAAGCGUCAAAGUGUUGCUUCGUCACUACAGCUCCCACGUGCUUCGCAUAUUCAGCCCCCUUAAUCAUGACAAGAGCCCAUGGCGACUCCUGCAUUUUCCUGCUGCUCUGAGAGCCAGCAUUGAGCUCGAGAUCGUCGGCCACACUGCGCCCUCGCGGAGAACACUGCUGUACGCCAUUCUGACAUUGAGCGCGUACAAUCUGGCCAACACGCAGAUUCAACAAGGCAACGUAGAACAUCAACGCUGGCUGGCUGUCGGUGCUCACUACGCCGAAACCACCCUUCGCAUGCUUGAGUCUGCCAUUCGAGAGUCGACCACCACUGAGCCAGUCCCGUCCACGUACAAUGAACUCGUUGCGGCCAUCCUGUCAAUGGUCACAGUCGAUGUCGUCUCUGGGGAUGCUAGGUCCUCCGAGCUGCAUCUCCGCGCCUGCGGGGCGUUGUAUAGACAGCAGCCCCGUCUCAAACUGAGCUGCGAUGGCUUUGAGAUAACCGAUAGCCUUCACUCCAACUUUCUGUACAUACGAACCAUGCAGGAGGCAUCCCGAGUCUUUUGCGGCGAGGAUCAGAAGGUAUGUGCUGUUGAAAUCACACCCGACGUCAAUGACGAGGACGACAACGAAGUUCUCCGUGACAUUGUCCAUGUCAAGGCCCAGCACGAUAAGUUUGCAUCGUCGUCGUUCGAGAUGGUGUAUGGCGUUCCCCUGGAGAUGAUGGCGUUGGUGCGAAAGGUCACCAAUCUCAUUCGCAAGUUGAACCGGCGAGGCGCAAAACCACCGCCUGUGGAAAGUCACGCUUUGGAAAUUCGCCAACUGGAGGCAGAAGUGCUCGACUGGCCCCUGGACGAAGCCAUACAAGGCUUCGAUGUUGCACCCACGUCUAAAGGCCGUCGACUCGUGAUGCAGCAUUACACCCGAACAUUCCAUGCCGCCGUGACCAUCUACUUUUGCUGCAAAGUACAGCAAAUGCACCCCAAGCACCUCCAGGUCUACGCCAAGGAUGUUAUGUCUUCCUUGCAAGCCAUGCAGGAGGCCAAAGGAAUGCACAACAUGUUCACUGGGCAUAUGCCUUGGCCUGGCUUCGUCGCUGGAGCUCUUGCCACAACCCAGGAGUUGAGAAGCCAAGUGCUCGAUUGGUUUGAUAUGAAUGCAAGCGAAGGCAUUGGCUCAUCAAAGCUUGCGAAGGAUGCCCUUUUGUAUAUUUGGCGACAGUCGGACCAAAGGGUUUCUUGGGAGGCGAUCGACACCAGCGCGCUCCAUCUGGUAUUGACGUGA